AUGACAACGACAGAAGACGAUGACGACGAGGGUUUCGGGGAAUUCACCUUUGCGCCGAUCACCGUCCAUUCAAAGCCCAAAAUCAACGGCUCUGGUCAUCACGGUAAAGUUGAUGACGAUUGGGGCGAUUUCGUAACUCCCGCUUCGCUCUCCCGCUGCGAGACGCUGCCUGUAAAAUUACUGGAUCCGAUUAAUUUGUCCUCAAAUUGCCGAACCGAUAGCUUGAAAAAUGAUGCGGCGCUGCCUGACUCGGCCCCUAGUCGGAUUCGGGCUCAGUGGGAGAAACCGAAGGGCGCGUUGCCGUUAUCGUUGUUUGGGGAGGAAGAGAAGGAGGAUGACUCAGGUGCGCCGGGUUUAUUGUUUAAUGGUGCAACCGAGUUGAAGAAAACUGAGAAAAAGAUGGGAUCGGAGUUGAAUGCGAGUUAUUUGAUUUCGAAUUUAUACUUAGGGAGCGAGCAGAGCAAGGUGGGAAAUCGGUCGGGUUUGAAUUUGGAUUCAAAUGGACUGGAUUUGAAGAGAAGUGCAGCGAAUUUGGAUUCAAACGGUUCGGCUUUAAAAUUGGAGAACUGGGGUUCGUAUGGGCUGAAUUCAGAUUCAAAAGGAUUGGAUUUGAAGAGAAGUGUGUCAAAUUUGGAAAUAAACGGGUCCGGUUUAAAAUUGGAGAAUUGGGGUUCUUAUGGGUUGAAUUUGGAUUCAAAAGGGUUGGAUUUGAUGAGAAGUGUAUCGACUUUGGGUUUGAAUGGAUUGGAUUCGAAGAUUAAUUUGGAUUCAAAUGGGUUGAAUUCGGGUUUAGACGAGGAUGACGAUGAUGGGUGGGAAUUCAAGGCUGCAGAGACUAAAUUACCAAACGGAGAUUUUAAUUUUAAGAGUCAACACGAGGUGAAAGCUGAAAAUGUACUAAUGCCAAAGGUUGAUGGACUUAAGUCAAGUUGGAAUGCACACUUAAAUGGGUUGAGUUCAAGCGUCAAUGGAGUGAAUAAGGAUGCAAAUGGGUUUAGUUCAAGUUUAGUUGACAAAAGUGAGGAUUUUGGGGAUGAUGAUGAGUGGGAGUUCAAAGAUGCAGAAACAGAACCAUGGUCUGCCGAUAGCAACAAUAAGGUCAACAACAAAGGGCCUGGGAAUUCUGAGGGAGUUAAACACACAUUUGUCUUUGACAAUGGGGCACAGGUUCCUACCGAUUUGUUUACUGUAUCAAAUGGGAUCUCUCAAAAACCUGGUCAAUUGGACUUUGGUUUAGAUUUCAGCAAAAGUUCUGUUUCACCAGAUGGUAUUUACAGUUCAUUCUCAAACAGUGAGCAGAAGAAUGAUAAUGGGGCACAGGUUCCUACCGAUUUGUUUGCUUCAUCAAAUGGGAUCUAUCAAAAAUCUGGUCAAUUGGACUUUGGUUUUGAUCUCAGCAAAAGUUCUGUGGCACCAGAUGGUAUUUACAGUUCAUUGUCAAACAGCGAGCAGAAGAAUGAUAAUGAAAAUGGACUGAAUUCUGCUUCUGUUAUUGGCAAUGUUGAGAAUGGAGAAAAUUUAUGGGAAUUCAAGGAUGCAUUUUCAGAAACUGGAUCGAAGGAUAGGGGAAAAGACACUAAGUUGGAGAGCCACAGGGGAGCCUUACCUUUGUCCCUUUUUGGGGAUGGUGACAUAGAAACUAAUGACUCCUCAAUUCAUCAAGAUGUUCCUAAUUACAAUCUUGCUUCCUCUACAACAGACGACAUUAAGAAGAGUCAGGGAUCGAGUGUAUCUAUCAGUGAUCUCAUAACAAGUUUAUACAGUCAAGCUGAGCAGAAUACUCCUGUCAACCAUACACAAAAUCCAAGUGAAAAAGGUUUUAAUUCUGUGCAGAAAGUUGUGGAUUCUAAUUUAGCAGAUGGUGAUGGUGAUGGUGAUUUUGAUGAUGAUUCUUGGGAAUUUAAAGGUGCUGUUUCCAGAACAGUAGAUGAUCAGAUCUCAGUUCCUGGUCUUGGAGAUUCACAUGUGAGGCACUCUACCAAGGUGGAGCCAAAAAAAUUGAUUGAGCAGAAAGAUUAUGCAGAUUUUUAUUCCGAACUAGAGGAUGAAUUAUUGUUUGUUGCACAGUACCAUCUUGACAAUCUAAAGAAAGAACGAAGUACUGCUGCUCUUUGUGGUGAAGAUGGUAAGCUAGAAGCUAUUGACAAGGAAAUUCAGGAUCUGUAUAAUGAAUUGCACCAAGACUGUAUUAUUUCGAAAGUUCACCCAGAGAAUCGGCCACUGAGCAAUAUUCACCUUAAUGAAUUCAUUGAAGUUCUCCAGGAACCAACGUUCCAUGUUCUUGAGUCAGAAUAUCAUUUAUCAAUGAGAUUGUCAUUAGCUGAGAAAGAUUGGAGGUCAGCAAUUGAACUCCUAAAACAUGCGGCAUCAACAUCAAAGAUUCUAAAGUUGGGAUCAAGGGAGGAGCAGUCUUCUUAUGUUUCCACUUGGUUCAAAAUGGUGUCUGUUUGUGCUCAAGAGCUGAGACAUGGUGCCUUGAUUUGGAAGCAGUCAUUAGAAAAGAAUGUCUCCAGUCAAUUAUUAUCUUACCCUCGAGGCAAGCAGUAUAUACUCACACUUGGAGAAAUUUACAGAGUUGUUGAAGUUCUUGGAUCCUCAGCCAAACUUUACAAGCCGUUGAUGCUAUUGAGUUCUGCUGAUCCCACUGGGAAGUUCACUCUUCUAAGCGAGUGUUUUACCUUGUGGUCAAGUUCUGGACUUGACGAGGCUAUCGGAAGUAUUUCUGAUCUAACAGGUUUUGAGUGUAAUGUAACUCCCACGGAAUUACUAGAAUCCAUCAAGUAUAUUCAUGAUCUUGAUGUGCAUGCACUUCAUAACCAUGUUUUCUCUGGACAAGAACCUACUUGUCGGCUUUCACUCCUAGCUGCAGGAACAAUGCCAGAUAUGAAAAUGGUGGUUUGGAACGGCAAGCACUAUUUUCUACCUCUUGCAAACUUGUGGGCAAAUCUAGUAACGACUGAUCCUCCAAAUGUGCCACGCUUGCAUGUCGGCUAAUAAGCAUACCAGUGGAGGUUGAAAUUUUUUAUUGAGAAACUCCGCAGCCAAGUUUGCAAUCGAAUCCUGGUUGGAUAAUAAAGCUUCUGGUGUAUUGAUCACAGACGCUUUACUCAAAGGACCGUGCUCGGGUAGAAAAAAAAAAAAAAAAAAAAAAAAAAAAAAA